GGUGCGCUCGCGAGUGCGGGCUGCGGCGUGCUGUCCGCGGCCCUCCGGCUGCGGGCGCACCCCGCCGUGGCUGCCCUGGGCUGGCUGGCCGCAGGCCACGGCUCUGGGUGGGUGUACAUCAGCACGCUGUUCGCCAACAUGUCGAACUUCCACAGGAAGGAGCGCGGCUUCGUCGUGGGCAUCAUGGCCUGCUUCUUCGGCGCCUCGUCGGCGGUGCUGGUGGCGCUGCUGGGGGGAUGCCUGGGCGGCCACUUCAGCGGCGGGGCCUGCCAGGGCGGGUUCAUGGGGGGCAGCGUGCAGACGUACACGGCCUUCCUCGCGGUCUGCAUCCCCGCCGUCGUCGUCCCUGGGGCCCUGCUCACCUCCCGAGCCGAGGCCGAGCCUGCGCCGUCGCCGGACUGCGAGCGCGCACCGCGCCGCUUCGGCGCCGUGGCCGCCCUGGCGAUGGCGCUGGUCUCUGUGAUCUCCGUCCAACCUGUACGCGGCCCUGGAGGACCCCUCGGUGCGGACCUGGUCGAACUACGCGGUGCUGCUGCUGCUCGCCCCGCUGCUGCUCGUGCCGCUGGGCACUGGGCCCUGCUGGGCGCCCCACCCGGGCCCCAAGGACGGCCAGCGCCAGGAGUCGCUGAUCGCGGGGCGGCCGGCGGCCGCCCCGCCCGGGGCGGACCUCGCGCCGUCCGAGGCCGUGCGCACGUCGGCGUUCUGGACCCUCUGGGUGGCCUUCGGGCUCACCGUGGGCGGCGACCUCUCCACGCUGAACUUCGUGGCUCCAUCGUGGAGUCGCGGUCCCUCGGGGACGAUGUUCCGCGCCUGUGCGUCGUCGUGGCCAUGAGCUGCGACGCCGCCACCCGCUUCGCAACGGGCACUGCGGCGAGCAGGGGCGCGCCCCUCCUGGGGCUGCUGGCCUUGGGGCCCCUGCUGCUCGUCGCCGCGCAGGGCGUGCUCCUCUGCGACGCCCUCGCCGGCGUCGCGCCGCUGUACGCCGCCUGCGCGCUGCUCGGCGUGAGCGACGGGGCCAUGUGGUCGACGGGGCCGCUGCUCGUCGGCCACACGUUCGGCCUGCGGUCCGCUGGGAGGCUCUUCGGCCUCGUGGUGCUGGCCGCCGCGGGCUUCACCCUCGUGUUCAUGCUAGGCGUGGAGCCCUGGGUCUACAAGGCGCACGUCCCGCCGGGAGGCGGCGCGUGCAGGGGACCCGAGUGCUUCCGCCAGACCCACCUCCUCAUCGGCGCCUGCGGCGCCGUGGCGGCGUGCAGCGUGCUGGCGCUCGUCGUGCGCAAGCGCUGAGCAGCGAGCGCGGCGCGCCCCGCGGACGGCCCCGUCGAGGGGGGGGCAUCUCCCCCCUCGGCCCCGGCCGCGGAAGACGCCACCUACCAGCCAGCCUCUCGGAGGACAGGCGCCGUGGCGCUCCGCCUCUCAGUGUAAGUGAUAGCUGGGCACAGCCUCUUGAAGGACUGGCGGCCCCGUGGCGCUCCGCCUCUGAGUGCAAGUUUUAAGUCAUAGGCUGGGGAUGAUUUUUUGACUAUUUCUGAGCAUCUUGGGAGCAUUUUUUUAAAGCAUUUUUCGCCCCAAAUCCCCCUCUGUAGGGGGACACGCCC